AUGCUCAGAACAUCACGUGUGACGUCCACGGCAUGGUUGUUGCCAUCUCACAAAUCAUGGGCCACAAGAUCCGUCAUAACCACCGAGGCAGGAAGAGCAGCAGAGGCGAGACAAGGAGGCAGCAGAGGCGGCAACUGGCGCCAAGAGCAUCGGUUGGAGAGGAAUAUGAGGCAUAAGAUGUGCAACCCCAUGUAUGGAGAACGGGGUGGUUCGGGGCGAUUCGUGCGUGUGCAUGGAGGGUGGUAUGGUUUUUGCAUGGCGUUUGUGGGCAUAUCGCGCCAGUGCAUGUUGACUGGGAGGUACCGUCAUUUGAUUUCAUUCAUACACCAGGCCAACCCUUUUCCCUUCAUCUUUCAAUCCAAUUCCGCUCCCUUUUCCCUCUUCGUGCCCUCCUUUUUGUCUCCUCUCCACUUCUCCUUUCCCCCUUUUCCCCCCUUUCCCUCUUUUUCCCCUCCUCCACUUUCCCCUCCCCUUUUCCUCGCUUUCCCUCCCUUCCUGCCCCUUUCCCCUCCCCUUCCCCACUUCUUCCCCUCCCCUCCUCGGUCCCCUUGCCCUCCCCUUUCCCUCCGCUUUUCCUCCCGCAAAAAGAUGGAGAUGUUGCAGUUUUCAUGGGAGAGGGGCUCAUGGGAAGGGAAAGGGGGACGCGGAAAAGGGAAAGGGCUAUGGGAUAAGGAAGAGGGGUAUGAGGUAAGGAAGAGGGGUAUGGGGGAAGGGGGUAUGGGGGAUGGGGCGGAUGCUGGGAAGGGGGAUGAGGGAAAGGGAAAGGGGAUGCUGGGUAGGGGGAUGGGGGAAAGGGAAAGGGGGAUGCUGGGUAGGGGGAUGGGGGAAAGGGGGAUGCUGGGAAGGGGGAUGGGGGAAAGGGAACGGGGGAUGCUGGGAAGGGGGAUGGGGGAAAGGGAAAGGGGUAUGCUGGGUAGGGGGAUGGGGGAAAGGGAAAGGGGGAUGCUGGGUAGGGGGAUGGGGGAAAGGGAAAGGGGGAUGCUGGGUAGGGGGAUGGGGGAAAGGGAAAGGGGGAUACAGGGUGUGCCUUCCCGUCCCUUCUACUCUCGAUGCCUCUCCUCUCGUCCCCUCCCGUCCCGUCCCCUCCUCUCUCGUCGCGUCCCCUCCACUUUCGUCGCGUCGCAUCCUCUCUCGUCGCGUCCCCUCCUCUUUCGUCGCGGCGCCUCCUCUCGCGUCGAUUCCCCUCCUCUCUCGCCGUGUCCCCAACUCUCUCGUCGCGUCCCCUUCUCUCUCGUCGCGUCCCCUUCUCUCUCGUCGCGUACCCUCCCGUCCCUUCCGGUCUCGGCGCGAAUCCUCCCGUCCGCGACGGCGACGGCGCUGGCGCUCGCCUUGCUGCCUUCCUCUCCGCUGCCGCUCCGCUACCGCUUCCGCCGAUGUCUCUCCCUCUCAGCUUCCGCCGAUGCCUCUCCCUCUCAGCUUCCGCCGAUGCCUCUCCCUCGUCGCUUCCGCCGAUGUCGCUCCGCUACCGCUUCAACUAUCUUUAUGCUCGCCUAA